AUGCGCCAGUGGGGAUCAUCUCUGCACCACAAUGGCGUGUCGUUCUUCCUUGCGGGUGUUCCCGCCGGUACGCAAUUCUACCAUGGAACAUCCGAGGCCAACCCGGUGAAUGGCACCGAGUGGCUGGCGUUUGAGCCCGAACACGCUAUGGUCUUCGCCCGUCCGAGACGGGGCCCCCCGCCGAACCUACUGCCCGACGAUAAUGAUACCGAGCGACAAGAAGGGGGCCAUGGCGAGCUGCGAAAGCGGAAACAUCAUGAGACAGAUGAGAAACACCAUGGUCCGCCGGGCGAUCACCCGCCCAAGGCAUUUGAUAAUAGUGGGGCUGGAUAUUUGCAUACAUACGCUGCAGCCAAGGAUCUCCGCCUUUUGUAUAUCGACGGUAUGUCUGCUGCCAAGACAUCUAAAGGCACGCUUGAUUCCCAAGAUGCUGUUUUGUUCAAUGGCUCAUUCGGAGAUCCCUCGAGUCGGGGUGGGGGAGAGAGCGAACGCGCCAGACUAGCCUGCGAAAUGGCCGACAAUGAAUGGGAGGAUCGCAUUGACGGUGUGCUGCGUAUGGAAGCUGGCUUUGAGAUUAUCCUGUGCCACUUUGAGCGCGACCUUACUCCCGUGCGAAUCACGCAGGUCAAGGAGCAAUCUGAGGAACACCGUGGACCUAGGGGUAACCGUAAACAUGGCGAUCGUGAUGGUUCUCGCAAAGAAGGCGAUGACAAGUACCACGAUGGUCAUGGCCCAAAGAAGGAGGAUGAAAAGCGCCACGGCCCGGGUGGUCCUGGAGGACCUCCCCACGGCGGACCUGGAAACGGGCCCAACUCGUCGCGAUGGAUGCGCGCAAUCACCGCACGCUACAACGGAAUCGGUGGAAACCGAGUUUCGCUGAACUUCAACCACUUUGUGACAGCCUUCUCCCACAAUGUAGACCUCUUCCAAGAUAAUUCAACCCUGCCCCGACUUGCCAACCUCUCUGCUGAUGAGCGCGCUGUCAUCCGUGCCGAAGUCACGAAUCUAAUCAUGACUCAUAAUCCUACCGAUGUCUGCGAGGACUGGCAGACGAUUACGGAUAUGAUCGUGACUCGGUACAGCAAGGAGCUGUCAUACUUCGCUUCCGGUAGCGUUGAUUCAGUUGAGCACCUGCAGACCGAGAUUGAGCGUGUUCUAUCUCCGUUUGUUGACUACAGUAAGCGGGAUGAUCUUGCUGAGAUUGAGCGUUGUGCAACUCAGUUCUUACCGCCGUUGUCUUCGGAAGGUGGGAAUAUUGCGGCACAUGCUGUUCACGGUGUUGCUCACAGAAUCUGCUCAGCUUUGGUUCAGGCUGGGAAGGAGCAGAAUCUUAAGUCUGCGGUGCAGAUUGUUCGGAAUCUGGUUGGUUAUCUGGAUUGGGCGACGUGGAAGGAGUGCCGGGGUUGUGCGGCGAACGAGAUUUGUGUAGUGCCUAUUUGGCCGAUGGGUACGGUCCAAGACUAUGAUAGCCCUCAGUGCAAGGAUGCAUCAAAUCCAUACGAUCAGGGUGGAGAGAGUUACUGGGGAGGAAUCCACCACUGA